AUGCGACGCCAUCUCGCACAAUACUGGAUAGCCCACUUACAAUUCACAGGCGACUCGCGAUUUGCAAAUUUCCAGACCGACCCCAAGUUUCGACUGCCCUCCAAGAAGCACACCAAGACCAAGCUUGAUCCACGAUUCGCGCGCAUAAAGAGCGACCCGGACUUUUACAACAAGGCCAAGGUCGACAAGUAUGGCCGCAAGAUAUCCGAAGACGCAGGCAAGAAGGUUGUCGAGAGGCUGUACGAGAUGGAUAGUGAUGGGGAUGACGACGACCAAGACGAUGAACCCGAGCGUCCUGCCGGUAAGAAGCGGGAUCAGGCUGUUCUGAAGGAAAUAAAGCGGGUUGAGCAGCAAGGCUUUGACCCAAUUCGAGACGGUGGGCUUGAAUCCUCGUCAGAUGAAAGCUCUAGCGACGAAGAGGAAGAGGCAGACAUCUACGAGCAGGCUGAACUUGCUGGCGAGGGCAACGAAGUUCCAACUGGUGACAUCUCCGCACGUCUGGCUGCGGUCAACAUGGACUGGGACAACAUCCGCGCCAUCGACAUCAUGGCUGUCGCAAACUCUUUCGUUCCAGCUGAAGGAAGAAUCCUCAACGUGGUCAUAUACCCAAGCGAGUUUGGCAUGGAGCGUCUGCAGCGAGAGGAGAUCGAAGGUCCGCCCCGGGAGAUCUUCGCCUCGACCGCGAACAAGGAUAAGGACAAUAUCGGCAUGUCCGACAAUGAUUCCGAUGCCUCAGAUACGGACGGUGAGGGCCAGUCAAAUGCUGUCUUGCAAGAAGAAGAAACUGGCGAAGAGUUUGAUUCGACCAAGCUGAGAGCCUACCAACUCGACCGACUACGAUACUACUACGCUAUCAUCACAUGCUCUUCUGCUAAUGUUGCAAAGUCCAUUUACGACAAUCUCGAUGGCAGGGAGUACCUAACAAGCGCAAACUUCUUCGACCUACGAUUCGUUCCAGACGGUACCACGUUCGACCAAGAUCCCCACGAUGAAUGCUCCAAGCUCCCCGAUGGCUAUAAGCCGAAUGAGUUUUCGACAGACGCGCUCACCCACUCAAAGGUCAAGCUGACCUGGGAUGCUGACGACGCCACGAGGAAGGAAGUACAAAAGCGUGCCUUUUCGCGCAAAGAAAUCGACGAAAAUGAACUGCAAGCGUACUUGGGCACUGAUUCCUCAUCCUCUGAAGAUGAAGAAGAGGCUGCAAAGGCAGACAAGGCUGCAAGUCUCAGAGCAGCGUUAGGCCUUGAGGCACCCGGCAAGACCUCCAAAGCGAAGAAGAAAGCGUCCGCAAAGAAUGACCGCGACUUUCCAAAGCCGGAUAGUGAAAUGCAAAUUACUUUUACUGGAGGCCUGUCAAAGGAGAGCGGCAGUGGUGGUGUGUUUGAGAAUGAUAUUCCUGUACAAGAGACGACCAUGGAGAAGUACAUACGGAAGGAGAGGGAGAGGAAAGCGAAGCGCAAAGAGAGGAAGCUACUAACAGCUAAGGCCUCAAAGCAAGAGGCUAAGAAAGCCAAGAAAGCCAAGAAGGCAGAGCAGGAGCUGCAAGACCAGGCAGCUGCAGCAGAACGUGCAAAUCUGGAGCUGCUCAUGGCUGAUGAGGACGAUUCCAAGAUGCGCCACUUUGACAUGAACGAAAUUGUCAAGUCAGAGAAGGCUAAGAAGAAGGGAAAGAAGGCCAAGAAGAAUGCUCCAGUGGUGGAAGACAACUUCAAGAUCAAUACUACUGAUCCACGUUUCGCGAAGUUGUAUGAGAGUCAUGAGUUUGCCAUUGAUCCUACAAAUCCUCGCUUCAAGGAAACUGCAGGUAUGAAGGCGCUGUUAGAAGAAGGCCGCAAGAAACGAAAGCAAGGAAAAGACGAUGAUGAGCCAGAGGUGGAACGGGGUAGUAAAAAGUCAAAGCAAGAUACGGUGGGUGGAGAGGAGGACAUCAAGAAGUUAGCUGCCCGGGUCAAGGCAAAGAGCAAGCAGAAGUAA